AUGAGGGCGCUGGAGGAAGCCCACUAUAGUGGGAUAGGGAGAGGGCCAAAGCUAUCACCCUUUGACCUGGAUGCGCCUUUGAAGUUGUCGCUCAGCAUAGAAGAACUAUUCCUUGACGAUGCCAAAGCAGUCGACUUUGUCGACAUACGGCGGCAGAAGGAGAUUGAUGUCGAAGAGUUAGCACAGACCAAGGUCGUAGACUUCUCCGACCAAGUGGAGACGACCGUCCUCUUCAUCUCGAACUCAUAUGGUGAGAUGUACCUGACCCUAACAAGUGAAGUGGCCAACUGA